ACUCGAUCCCGGUCAUUCCUUCAAGGAGAUGAAGGGGAAGAGCCGCGUAAAACCCUGACAAUGGAGUCGGCGUAGAAGAUCGAUCAGAUCCCUCCCCUCGCCGGAAUCGAAACUUCCGGCUCGGAAAAUGUACGGGGCGGAGAAACCCUCCGGCGAUUCGGAGCGAACGGCGUUCCGGCGAGCCGAGAAGAAGUACAAGCUCUACUACGACGACAGUUCUCUCAAGUCAUCCCGAAAGAAGAAGCAGGCCAAACCCGUGGACGUAUCGGACGUGAUUGAUUUCAAGGCCAUUGCGGAGGCGCACGAGCGGGGCGGCGAGCUUCCGGUCGGCGUCGCGGCGGCUCCGUGCGGUUUCCGUCGGCCCGUGUUCUGCUUGGAGGGUCGGCCCGGAUUUUAUUUCAUUCCUGGGGCGUUAAGUCUAGAAGAACAGUGCCAAUGGAUGAGGGAGAGUUUACUCAGCUUCCCGCAACCACCUAAUAGAACGAAUCAUAAUGCGAUAUAUGGCCCUCUACAGGAUCUCUUUGCUGCUGCAAAAGAGAGGAAGGUUUUGGUGAAAGACGAGAGUGACGAAGACCAUCCCACUUGGAAAUUCGUCGAUGAAGCUGAAGUUCUGUUAAGAGGAAACGGUUGCACGUCAUGUCUGGCCUCUGCUCUUUUACGGAAGCUACGAUGGAGUACCCUCGGCCUUCAGUUUGACUGGUCUCAGCGGAACUAUGAUGUGUCUCUUCCACACAAUAAGAUCCCCGAUGCACUCUGUCAACUGGCUAAAAGACUGGCUACUCCGGCAAUGCCUCAGGGAGAAGAAUUUAGACCCGAAGCUGCAAUAGUGAAUUACUUUGCAUCAGGUGAUACUUUGGGUGGUCAUCUUGAUGACAUGGAAGCAGACUGGAGCAAACCUAUAGUUAGCAUGAGUUUGGGAUGCAAAGCUAUCUUUCUUGGGGGCAAGACUAGACAGGACGAUCCUAUAGCAAUGUUUCUUCGAAGUGGUGAUGUCCUACUUAUGGCUGGAGAAGCAAGGGAAUGCUUUCAUGGUGUUCCCAGGAUCUUUACAGACAAAGAUUCUGCUGAGAUCACUCCACUUGAGUUGCAUUUUUCAAAUCAAGAUGAUUGUUUUCUGCAGGAGUACCUCAGAAGUUCAAGAAUCAACAUCAACAUCAGACAAGUCUUUUAGAGUGUACAACUAUACGCAUUCAAAGUCCAUCUCAAUGUGGUUCUUUAUUCUUUGAUAGCCAGUGUAGUGUCUGUUGAGCAAAGGAGAAAAAAUACCAACAAUUUAGGAUAGUCGACUAAAGGUUAAUGGCGAGUAUUAUCCAUCAGCCAUCAGAGUGUGCGAAUUGCAGAGCCGUAUCGAAGUGCAACCAAAAAAAGGAGGAGAGGACGGCUAAAGAUAUUCGACCCGACCGUGUGCUUGCUAUAUCGAGGCGCACAAAGUUAUCAAAACACUACAAGUUCUGUGGGUGUGCUAAUGAGGAUUUCAAUUGUUCCUUGCUGAGUCGAACGAGUCGUUAAGGGAACUUCAUUAGGCUGUUUUGGUUUACGUGACAUUCUAUUCCAUAAAAAUUCAUUGCGAUUCCUCA